AUGGCGGCCAACUUCAACGGCGCGGCCAGUGCAAGAUUUUCAACGGCGACGUUUGAUUGGCCGACCGAUUUGGAUUUUGGCCAACGGCAGGCUAUUUUGAUCCGCGAGGUUGACGCCCGACAGCGCCAUAUCCCAUCGACCUACAGCAUGGCCACGCGCAGCUCGCUCACGAUCUCGACGGACCUCAACAACGACGCGGCGCCGCCGGCCGCGGACGUGAGCUUCUUCGACAAGGCCGCGCUGCUCAUCGCGACCAAGCUCAUCAAGGACGACGGCGACGAGGCCAAAGCAUCGGUGUCGCCGACGUGGGGCACGGCCAUCAAGCGCGACAAGUUCCAGGACAUGGACCUCCUCGAGAGCGGCAACGCGCGCGAGUACAUCUCGGAAGAGAGCCUGAGCCCGACGUCGGCCAAGGCGUGGACGUACAGCACGGUCCAUCGCAUCAACAAGACGCAGUACAAGAUGUUUUGGAACAACGACCAGUUCCUCCUGAGCGCCAAGCAGCACAAUGGCAUCUUUUACAUCUCGCAGUACGAGCACUUUGGCGAUACGGACAUGGAGACGCCGACGUCGCACUACUGCGCGGUCCUCAAGAAGACGACCGACAACAGCUUCAAGCUGUACAACUGCGGCUGCGAAGGCUGCGACAUUGGCUUUAGCAAGUACACGUGCUCGAACGACCACGAGUCGAGCAGCUUUGGCUUCCACGAAGAAACUGGCGAGGGCGCGGACCGCCAGCUCCUCGCCGACGUGUCGCACUUUACCAAGGUCGUGAGUGGCAUUUCCAGCGAGAUGCGCUGCCUCAACGUGGUGAUUCCCGCCGUCAUGGACGAUGCGCGGUCGCGCGUCAUUUGGUGCCCACGCAUGUGCCGGGGCGAUACGCCGCUCGGAGGCACACCCCGGACGUCGGCCAAGAAGGAGCUCGUGACGUCGCCGUCGCCGCACGGGAAGAAGACCAUGUUCACGUUUGACACGCCCGUGAGCGACCGCAUCAAGCUCGUGAGCAAGCUGCCGUCGUGGUGCUCCGAAGUCAACUCGCUCAUCAUGAAGUUCCACGGUGGCCGCAUCCGCGAAGCAUCGGCCAAGAACUUUAUGCUCGUACUCGAUGACGACGACGACAAGCCCAUCUUUCAGUUUGGCAAAUACUCGAAGUCGAAAUUCUCGCUCGACUUUCGGUUCCCGUUGGCACCGAUUCAAGCCUUUGCGAUUGGGCUCACGUCGUGCUCGUGGAGUGCCAAGUCCAAACUCAACAAUUGAGUACUACACCGAUGAUCGAUAACAUGCGAUGCAUGAUUCAAUCUUAUUUUCCCGAUUUUAGCUGCGAUG